AUGAAGCUCACACCUAAUGUCGUCUCUGAGCAGCCAACUGGAGCAUUGCCAUCAGGAGUUCAGUCGCUCGCUGAUCGCUACAGUGAGGAUCUACCAUCUCCAGACAGUCUACUAUGUGAAUACCACAGAUGGUGGAGGAAAUGGCAGGCCAAUGGUGAGACAGUUCCUCCAGCAACUAUCCGGGACGCCCUCCAGUCAUGUGAGGCUGGAUUUUAUCCUAACCUCAACAUUCUGCUGAGGAUGUUGUGCACUGUGCCAGUCACUACAGCGAAAUGCGAGAGAUCCAUCAGCACCAUUCGUCGGCUAAAAACCUACCUGCACUCAACAAUGAAAAGCGAAAGACUGAAUGGACUAGCACUGAUGACGAUCCAUUAUGGAAUCAGCGUAGACAUUGGUGCUGUUGUGAGUGACUUUGCCUCCAGUCUUCCCACUCGCAUGAAAUUUGACAGUGUGGACUUUCUCCGGAAAAGUUAG